AUGGAAGAAGUCGUUUCUGUGUUCCCGAACGAAAACUACAAACCACAAACGACGGCGUCUUGGGACUUCAUUGGGCUAAAGGAAGGAAAUAAUACAAAACGAAACUUGGCCGUAGAGAGUGAUACUAUUAUCGGAGUCAUUGACACUGGUAUUUGGCCGGAAUCCGAAAGUUUCUCCGACAAAGGCUUUGGUCCUCCUCCUAAGAAAUGGAAAGGUGUUUGUGCCGGCGGCGCAAAUUUCACAUGCAACAACAAGCUGAUUGGAGCAAGAGACUACACAAGCGAAGGUGCUAGGGACAUUGACGGCCACGGUACACACACAGCGUCCACUGCGGCUGGAAACGCAGUCUCGGGAGCAAGCUUCUUUGGAAUCGGCAAUGGAACGGCAAGAGGCGGCGUUCCAGCCUCUAGAGUCGCCGCUUACAAAGUCUGCGUGCCGAAAGGAUGUAGCUCGGCAUCUAUACUGUCUGCGUUUGAUGACGCGAUUGCAGACGGUGUUGACAUCAUCAGCAUCUCUAUAGGGUCACAAUCUGCACGUACUUACGAGCGAAACCCAUUGGCGAUCGGGGCUUUUCACGCUAUGGUCAAGGGGAUUCUCACUGUGUACUCAGCCGGUAAUGCGGGACCGGGUCCGAAAACAGUCGUGAGCGUAGCUCCGUGGAUCUUAAGCGUUGCAGCCAGCACCACGAACCGUGAGUUUGUCACAAAAGUUGUUCUCGAAAACGGCAAGACACUUGCCGGGAAAUCAGUGAACUCUUUUGAUCUGAAAGAAAAAAAUUACCCUCUUGUGUACGGUGAUUUUAUCAAAGGGCGUAGUAAUGGAAAAAUCUUGGUUGGCGGAUAUUCAGAAACAGGAACAGCUGUUGCUAACAUAGUCAAAGACAUACAAGGCUUUUACUUGGUUAUGCCUAAACCUUUCUCUGCUCUGUCACCAGAUGACUUUGACACUCUCGUCUCUUACAUUAACUCCACAAAGUUCCCGCAAGGCACUAUUCUAAAAACUGAGGCAUUAUUUAAUCAGACAGCUCCUAAAAUUGCUUCAUUCUCUUCUCGCGGUCCAAACAUUAUCGCAGUUGAUCUUCUUAAGCCGGAUGUAACAGCGCCAGGAGUGGAGAUCCUCGCUGCUUUUUCACCUUUGGGUUCACCAUCUUCUACAAGGAACGACACAAGAAGAGUCAACUACACUGUUCUGUCCGGAACUUCAAUGUCUUGUCCACACGUUGCAGGUGUGGCCGCGUACAUCAAGACUUUUCAUCCUGAUUGGUCUCCCUCCAUGAUCCACUCUGCCAUCAUGACAACCGCUUGGCCGAUGAAUGCUACUGGAACUGGCAUCUCAUCGACUGAGUUUGCAUAUGGAGCUGGACAUGUCGACCCAAUAGCCGCUCUAAAUCCUGGACUUGUCUAUGAAUUGAACAAAACAGACCACAUCGCCUUUCUCUGCGCCUUGAACUACACUUCGAAAUUCCUUAAACUCAUUUCCGGUGAAGAUGUCACUUGCACUGGAAAUACCUUGCCAAGGAACCUCAAUUAUCCUUCAAUGUCGGCUAAACUUUCGGGAUCCAACAGUUCCUUCACCGUGAGCUUUAACAGGACAGUCACCAAUGUCGGUACGUCCAAUUCAACAUACAUAUCUAAAGUUGUCUUAAGUCACGGAUCUAAGCUCGACGUCACGGUCUCGCCUAGUGUUCUAUCUGUGAAGUCAAUGAAUGAGAAGCAGUCUUUCACGGUGACUGUUUCAGGCAGCGAUCUCGACCCGAAACUGCCUUCAUCUGCCAAUCUAAUAUGGUCUGAUGGUACACAUAACAUGAGAAGUCCUAUUGUUGUCUACACUGAUGGUUACUGA